AUGACAGAACUUUCGCUAAAAGAAUUAAAGGAUCUCGCCGAAGAUAAUGAAAUCGACUUGUCGGCAAGAGGUCUCACCGCUGUACCCAAAUCAUUGCCACAGAUUCCACGACUAACUCAUAUCGAUUUGGGAUCCAACAAAAUUACAGUUUUGCCGGCAUCUUUGUGUAUGAUGACUCGUCUUGUGAGGCUUGAAUUGGGCAGUAAUUUACUGGACCAUCUUCCCGACAAUAUUGGAGCCCUUGUACAUUUAGAACAUCUCGAUCUUUACAAUAAUCAAAUUGAGGAACUGCCACUCUCAUUCUCUAAUCUGAAUGCAUUACGAUGGCUGGAUUUGAAGAAAAAUCCUUUGUCUCCUGAAUUGCUCAAGGUCACAGGUAACUGUGGUAGUGAAAAAGAGUGUCGACAAGCCGCUCUGAAUGUGGUUUCCUACAUGAAAGAGUUGCAUAAAGUUCAUAAUAUCCAGGUUUGCAGUGCAAAUUCGAAAUUCUCCCAAGCGAGAGAACCAAAGAAGGAGAGGGAGCCGCCGAAGCCAGUGAGAACAAAUCGUGGUUUCUUCUCUAGAAGUGACACAUUAUCCGAAAUGGUUUCAGUGAUUCGCUUUUUGGUAAAGCUGAGUUUGAUGAGUGUUGUUCUCGCUGGUCUAGCUGCUACAGUUGGGAUUUUAUUGAAUUGUGCAGAUGGUGGAAAGAGCAUUCCUGGAAGCAAGCCUCUCUGUGCGGAUCUGACAAAACUGACCGAGUUCAAAAGCCCCUCGCCUCGAUUCUUUGCAAAUAUUCAAAAAACAUAUGGAACAGUAUUCAAUGGCUACUAUGCACGCGUUCAACCUACAGUAUUCGCUGUGAAGACGAAGUGGAAUGAAUUCCAUCGUGAAUUCGUCAAAUCUGAUAUUGGCCUCGUUAUUGACAGGUAUAUACUUUUCCCUCUUUUUUUGUUCAUGAAAAAGCUUGACUUUUUAGAGAUACUUUUUUUGAUUUUUUUUUUGCAACCUUGGACACCCAAGAUUAUCAAGGAUUUGCUUCAAUUGUCCUUUGGUAUGUCCACAUCGAUUUUUUUAUCAAAAUCAGUUCGAUUCCCCCCACCCCCUGUCAAUGUUUUUCUUUUUUAA